UCACAGAAGUCAGUGCCCUGGCUCAGGAAGCUUCCUGCCGGGCCCCUGGGCGAUUCGCAGCCAGCAGCUGGGGCGCAGGGCGGGUCGGGUCGCUGCGCCAGUGAGCCAAGGCGAGCACUAUUCCUGUCACUGUGAGCUACCGGCAUGUUAUGUGCAGCGCGCCCAAUCACGCUUCCAACUUUCUACGCUGACCUGCGCUCCCCCCCAUGCCACAGGCUUUGAUUUGAUCCUCCUCUCAGAACAAGCUCACACCCAGCCCCCUAGCCAGUUGUCUUCGGACUGCGCGGGUGUCCACAGAACAGGCCCUUCUGCUCCAUGGCCGGGAAUUCAGAACCACCAUCCUGCACUCUCGGAGCACCCACAAUAGGGCCACAUCCACUCAUCUGUCCUGUUGGAGAUCCAGCACCCUCGCUGGUGCACUGUCAGAUCGACCUCUUCGGGUGAUGGUGCAGGCCACCACCUCCCGUGGCGUGCAAGUGUGGGCUCCCCAAAUUGUGGAGGGGAAGAGGCUUUGGGCAACGCGCUGCUAUGCUCAGCAGCAGCUGAAGCCAAGCCUGGUAAUACCGAGAAGACUCAGAAAUCCACACCUUCUGCUAUUAGAGACUUCUGGAAAUUGUCUCUAGAGCAUUUGUUGUCUGAGACAGGCACGGAACAACUGCCAGAUCUGGAUGAAGGAAUCCUAGGUUUUAAGCUCAGCAGGCAAAAAUCGGCCUUUGCUGGGGGCUCUGCAGCUGGACAGCGGAGGUGGGAGUCGGUGCCACGGGAUGCCUCCAGCCCUGCCUAGCUGGCUCCAUUUCAGCUUCCCGCCUUGGGCAUCAUGAGUUACUUCCUGUCUUACUGCAAAGCUCACGGCAGCUCUCUUCUCACAGGCUACCAGGCCCUACGUGCUGAGGGCUUCUUGUGCGACGUGACACUGGAGGCGGAGGGCAGUGAGUUUCCAGCACACAGGUCACUUCUGGCAUGCUCCAGCGACUACUUCAGGGCCCUGUUCAAGAGUCACACUCAGGAAUCGCAGGCUCAUGUAAUUCACCUGCAUGUGCCUUCUGCUACUGGCCUGCAGCGCCUGCUGGACUUCAUCUACACCGCCUGGCUGCCCCUCUCCAUGGACACUGUGGAGGACACCCUGGAGGCCGCCAGCUACUUGCAAGUCACAGAGGCCUUGGGGCUGUGUAGCCACUACCUGGAGCGUCAGCUUGCCCCAGAGAAUUGCUGCUUCACUGCCAAUGUGGCUGCUCGCUUUGGCCUGGCUCGUACCCUGGGUGCAGCGGAGCGCUGCAUUGUGCGCCACCUGCGGGAGCUGCUACUGAUGGGCGCUGGCCCUUCCGGGCUGUUGGAACUCAACCCUGUAUCAAUGAAGGUUGUGUUGAGUGCCCCCGACAUGGCACGGGUGGUUGAGACGCGGCUGCUGGGCCUGGCACUAGCCUGGCUGAGGCAGGAGCCCGCAACACAGCGCCUGGCUCACAGUUCAACACUGCUUGGAUGUAUCCGCUUUGGCUUGGUGCCCACAGCUGUACUGAGGCGCGUGUACUCAGGAUCUGGGCUUACUUUACCUACCAGGAUCAAGGACCUCAUCAUUCAGGCCCUCAAUUACCACACAACACCUUCCCGCCAGCCGCUCCUGCAGGUAGAACAGACUAGUGUUCGGAGUCCCCAGACUCGCAUCUUGCUGGUUGGUGGUCUCAGAGCUAGGGAGACUGUUACUGAGGAAAUUGUGGUCCUACCAGAGGUAGUUAGGAAUCGGCGCCCUGCACCUGAACCAGAGGAAGAGGAGGAAGAGAUGGAGGAGAAAGAGUGGGAGCUCACCCAGGAUGUGGUGUCCUUCGAUGUGUACAACCACAGCUGGCGCAGCCUGACACGGCUGCCCACACCACUGCUAGGCCACAGUGUAUGUACCAUGGGCAACUUCCUAUUUGUCCUCGGAGGGGAGAGCCUUUCUGGCAGUCCAUCUAGCUCCCUGGCGGACGCCCCAAGGUCGGUCACAGCCUUAGUGCACCGUUAUGACCCGCGCUUCCACACUUGGACAGAGGUGCCCGCCAUGCAAGAAGCGCGGGCCUACUUCUGGUGUGGAGUGGUAGGGGACAGUCUCCUGGCCGUUGGGGGCCUGGGCUCCUGUGGCGAGGCACUGGCCUCAGUGGAGAUGUACGACCUGCGCAGGGACCGCUGGAUGGCAGCUGGGGAGCUGCCUCGGGCACUGCACGGUCACGCGGGUGCCGUUGGGGACCACGGUGUUGUGUACAUCUCUGGGGGCAAGGCAGGGAGAGGAGAAGGAGGUACAAGCAGCCUCCGGGAUAUGUACUCCCUCAGCCCCGGAGAGAGGGCAUGGAGUAAGAGGGCACCCAUGGGCACAGCUCGCUAUGGGCAUUACCUUGCGGUGCUGCGAGGUGCAGUGUUUGCCUUUUUAGGAAGAUAUGAGCCCUUCUCCGAGAUCGAACGCUAUGACCCCAGCACAGACCAGUGGACUCGGUUGCGGUCACUACCUUACGACCGAUUCUGCUAUGGACUUGCUGUGGUAGAAGAGACAGUGCUGCUGCUGGGUGGUCUCAAGUGGCGGGAUUCACGCCAGGUGCCAACCUGUAACGUAGUGGGCUAUGACCUUGACCUGGACCGUUGGGAGGACAUAGGCUGUGCGCUGCCCUGGGCGUGGAGUGGCCUUCGGUGCGCAGUGCUGCAGCUGGCAGAGGGUGGGGAGGAGAAAAGGGAGGGAGAGCCUGGGGAGGCACUAGAUUUAGUGUUGAGUUGAACAGGUGAGUCCAGUCUUCAGAAGAGCCAAGAGAAAGAUGUUCUUGACCUUGCCUGCAGAGCUAAGCCCCACUCCCACCAAGAUUGGGACUCCGAUAGACAAGUUCUGAAGGGUAAGGAGGCAAACAUGACUUUGGCCAAAGAAUAACUAUUCCCCUUUAACCGAAUGGCAAUCAGGAAUGGUCAAAUGCAGGGAUAUGAAACAGCUUUAGUCAAUUACAGAGUUUUCAGAGAGACUCACCCUUUGCUAGAGGUGGAAUCUGGAAGUAAAAUAGGUCCUUAUUUCCCUCCCUAAA